AUGGAAGACAAAUCCAACUCGUUCUCCAACAAGGAGGAGAAGGCAGAUGGGAACAAUGUCUUUCAAAGGCAGGACUCUAUACAGAAGAACAACACUGGCAGCCAGAAGGAGCACAGCAACUCCGUGGGCUUCAAGGGGGAGCGAGAAGAGGCCAUGGUGGGAUUUGACGACUUGGAAGGGGCGGCUGGUCGGCACGGGUUCAUGCAAAGGCAGUUUGGGGCCAUGAUGCAGCCCGGUGUCAAUAAGUUCUCCUUGCGGAUGUUUGGCAGCCAGAAAGCAGUGGAGAAGGAGCAGGAGCGAGUGCAGACGGCUGGCUAUUGGAUCAUUCAUCCAUAUAGUGAUUUUAGGUUCUACUGGGACUUGAUAAUGCUCAUCAUGAUGAUGGGGAAUCUAAUCAUCAUUCCUGUGGGAAUAACCUUCUUCUCGGAGCAGACCACCACCACUUGGCUGAUCUUCAACGUGGCCUCGGACACCAUCUUUCUUGUGGACCUGGUCAUGAACUUCAGGACUGGGAUCGUCAACGAGGAGAGCUCUGAGAUCAUCCUGGACCCCAAAGUCAUCAAGAUGAAUUACCUGAAGAGCUGGUUUGUGGUGGACUUCCUCUCCUCCAUUCCAGUGGAUUAUAUCUUUUUAAUAGUGGAGAAAGGCUUUGACUCAGAGGUGUAUAAAACUGCUCGAGCCCUGAGGAUCGUCCGCUUUACCAAGAUUCUCAGUCUGCUCCGACUUUUAAGACUGUCCCGUCUCAUCAGAUACAUCCAUCAAUGGGAGGAGGUGCGUAUCACACCAUCAAACUUCACUCUAUCUGCGGGGUUUGGGGUUUGGCUUCAUGGUAGCAACCUUGAAACGAUAGUGCACAUUUCUGCGUACGGUAGUUCUGCAUUGCGCUAA